UAUAAAUAUAAUGCCAGAAGUCCAUUAUUUUUCACAAAUUUGGGAGGCGCCAUUUUAUUGUGUGGGAAAAUGGGGUUCUUAGGCAUGAAGUUUUUGUCAGCUUGGGUGUUUUUAUUGGUGAUGACAAGUUUAGGUGAACAAAGCAAAGGGGAAACUUGCCGUUUCACCUUCUUUUCUUCACUUGUUAGGCUGUUGCCAUGCAGGCCAUCGGUUGCACCAUUCCGCGCCAUCCCGCCGACGGAGGCCUGUUGCAAAGCUGUCAAAACUCUCGGCCAGCCUUGCCUGUGUGUGCUUGUCAAUGGCCCUCCAAUCGCCGGCGUUGACCGCGACCUUGCCAUGCUCUUGCCGGAGAAGUGCAAUGCCAAUUUUGACCCAUGUGAACUCAUGAAAUAAAAUGAAGUAUUAAACGAGCAUUUCAAUAGACAUUUUCAGUUCAAUAAUAAGAUGAUAUAUGGAUGAAAUGCGAGGUCUAUUAAGCUUUAAUAUUUAUGGUUUAUCUUUGUGUCUUAUUUUUCUAUUCUCUAUACUAGGCUCUAUGUAAUUGUACUUGUCUCUGAUAAAUACAAUAUCAAUAAUAU